AUGUCUCUCCUCACUCACCUACUGGUCUGCAUCUUUGGCUCUGGCUCCUGGGUGGCUAUCAACGGGCUAUGGGUAGAGUUGCCUCUGGUGGUCUCAAAACUACCUGAGGGUUGGAACCUACCUUCCUACCUCACGGUCAUCAUUCAGCUAGCCAAUGUGGGGCCACUCUUCAUCACCCUGUUCCACCGAUUCCGGCCUGCUUACCUCUCUGAGGUCCCGGUCAUCUUUGCUAUGCUGGUCUUGGGCACGAUAGCCUGCCUCCUCUUUGCUUUCCUGUGGGAGAAGACUUCAGUGGUGGCAGGGGCUCCCCAUGGCACAGCCUUCCUGGUUCUCACCUUCUUCCUGGCCCUGGUGGACUGCACCUCCUCUGUCACUUUCCUGCCCUUCAUGGCCCGCCUGCCACCCCGGUACCUUAACACUCUUUUUGUUGGGGAAGGACUGAGCGGUCUCCUCCCUUCUCUGUUGGCUUUGGCCCAGGGCUCAGGCAUCAAAAUCUGUACCAAUGUCACCAAUGACUCUAUAACCACUGAGCCACCUAGCAUCUCUAAAGCAUCCUUCAUCACUGGGAUACCGAACAUGACCUUGACCCCUGAUCUCAUUGCUAGAAGACCUCAACUGGAGAAUUGUUACCUCUCAGCCAACUUCUCCACUUUUGUCUACUUUCUCCUGUUGUCAGGCAUGAUGGCCAGCUGCCUAGCUGCCUUUUUUGGCCUGACUCGUCUCUCUAAGCGGUGGGAGCUCUCUAAUGAGGAUCUUCUGGUCAGCCAGGUGACUCUGAGAACCUUCAAGCCUCAAGAAGACUCAGCUGGCAACAACCACAGGGAGAGCUGCUCAUUGCCAGCUGUGCCUGAGGAGAAGAAGAAGGCUGUCUGGUCCCGGGGCCAACUAGCCUUCAUCUAUGCCCUGGUGGCUUUUGUGAAUGCCCUCACCAAUGGAAUCCUCCCUUCUGUUCAUACUUACUCCUGCUUGCCUUAUGGUUCUAAGGCUUACCACCUGUCUUCGGUGCUUGGUUCCAUCACCCACCCCCUGGUUUGCCUCCUGUCUAUAUUCCUACCUGAUAUGUCUCUCUCGUGGUUGGGGGUCACCACACUGGUGGGCACAGGUUUCGGAGCCUACAACAUGGCUAUGGCCGUCCUGAGUCCCUGCCCGCUGCUGAAGGGCUCCCGCUGGGGAGAAGCCAUCAUCGUUAUCUCCUGGGUGUUCUGUGGUGGGAUCCUGAGCUACGUGAAGGUGAUGACUGGGGUGCACCUGCGCAAGAUGAACCAGAGCGCCCUCUUGUGGUGUGGUGCAGCAAUACAGCUGGGCUCUGCAUUUGGGGCGAUAUUCAUGUUUCCUCUAAUCAACGUGUUACACCUUUUUAAAUCUGCCAGUGAAAGCAGCCAGCAGUGUCCCAUUUGAGCAUGUGCCAGGACAACUUUUCUGGGAUGAAUUUCACUGGACCAGGAAAGCCAAAGCCAUGGAGAGCCAAUCACAUUCCCAUCCAAGUUUCCCUCAGACGCUGGCACACUCUCACCUCUCCUCUACCUCUCCCCUCAGAACAUGAGCCAUCAGGGAAGGCUUGGCUCCCAUCUAUGAGAGUCAUAGCCACAAAU